GUUAAUCUUGAUCCAUUUCGGCAUUAUGAGACAACACUGAUCGGACAGUUCAAGUAAGAAGUUAAUGAAUACAAUGAAAUACCCGAACGUGUCAGGAGGAAACAAUAUGGCGGUCAGUGGCAACGAAUCCCACGUUGAUGAAGUCGACUCCCUGUUCAACUCGACCUGCUGGCAGAAUACCACCAAUGAGUACAUGGACCAUAAAAUCGCCAUGGAUGGAACAAUGAACAAUUUAUCCUCAAAUAAGAUCCUCCUAGGAUCUCCGAUAAACGACAGUGACACGGAGAAUUCAACGAAGGCGACGAUGGACGCGCUGGACAAUCUGCUACUCUCACAUCCCAUCAAUACGAAUUUGGCGGAACUUAAACCUCUACCUCCAUUCGCCGGGUACACCGCCAACUUGAGCAUCAACGGCAUACAAGGCCAUCAUUAUCAUGCGCUCGCGCAACGUAUCCCUGAAGAAAACAAUAAUUCGUACAACAAUUACAACGAACAAAAUAUAGUAUCAAGUUCGACGUGCAACAUCAGUGCUGAUUCGGCCGGUGACAACGGCUCAAAGUCGAUGUACUCGGUGGAUGAAGUUGCAAAACUAGGUUACGCGGACUGUGUUAAUGCAGAUUCAGUUUCGAGUGCGAAGAUGUACGGUGAUUCUGGACAUCAAAAUGCCGAUUCCGGCACCGCCAUCAAAACAGAAAUGUCUGACUACGACAUCAGUUCGAUAGAUGACAUCGCGGCAAUAAUCGGAUCGGCGAUAGCCGACACCACAACAGUGCCCAACAAUCAUCCCGAAGAAGACACUACCGGAUCGAGGGACAGUUGGAUGGAUCUGGACGCCUGGAUCGACGGUGCUUGCGUUGAUCAACAGAAAAACAUGAUCAUUGCACAAGAAGGUCUAUCUGAAUUCGUUAUGCCAAACAAUAACGAGUACAAGUCGCAUGCUCAAGUUCAAUACAAUACCAAAGCACCGACCCAGCAAACUAGCUCCACGCUACAAAAUCUUCUCACCCAUGGUUACAUGCCACUCCUCCAAAAUAGGUUGGAAAAUGGGCCACCUAUCAAGCAAGAAGUUCCCACAUCCACAAAUUACAAUACCGACAUGAUUUCGACGUCUAGUCCACCCUCCAACGUAGUCUCUACAACUGACAAUCUUAUGCUAACGGUGAACGGUCGCUUCCUGCCGCAAUACGGGAUCCACGUGAACGAUGAUGGAAUUCGAAGCCCCGACCUUCUAGGCCAAAACUAUCCGCACACAACGACGACGACCCCCAAUGCUCCCAAAAAGCCCAGGAACCGCGCACAGAAAAAGCAGCAGCAGGCCACAAGUUCGACGGUCUUCCAAACGGAACAGAGCCUGGGCCUUCUGGGAAAAGAGAAACCCGUGCACAGAUGUAACAUCUGUAACCGAGGUUUCCUCAACAAGAGCAACAUAAAAGUGCAUUUACGUACACACACGGGCGAGAAACCUUUCCGCUGUGAUACGUGCGCGAAAGCGUUCAGGCAGAAAGCACACUUGCUAAAACACCAGCAAAUACAUAAACGUAUAGGAAGGGACUAAUAAACAAAACCUUUACAAAACACAAUUCUUAGAUUCAAUCACAAACACAUUUCAAAAAUUAAUGAAAUCGAAUAGAAUGUGCUUGAACUUGAGCAUUUGAAAGUGAUUUUGUUUCAUUUGCUUCCAUAUCGUGCUAUAAAGAAAGGUACCUCAAUAUGUAAUUAUUUUAUUAUUAUUAUUUUUAUAUAUUCAUUCCUAACUGUGGACAAUGUGCAAUUUUUUUCAUAGUGAGCCGGUGCAUAUAUUUAUAUUCACGUACAUAUUUAUGUUAGUUACAUUUUACACAAAAACACACAUAAUUAUACUAAAACAAUAUGAGCAGAACACAAAAAAACGGCGCUAAGUUGAUGAUACUCUUUCUCCGCGGAAUCAAGCUCUCGUGAGUGGAAAUCCAAACGUUCAAAUCACCUCAGUGUUACCAAUUUAAAUUUAAAUCUGACCUACAUCAUAUUUAUUCAUUAUAAUUUGUAUUUUAGUGUAAAUUAGUAUACUUGAUUCUGUUUAAACUUGCCAAUUUUAAUUUAUAGUUUGGAAUCCUCUCAAUGAGAUUUAGAUUUAUACUUAAUUCUCUAUCCAAACUUGACAUAUAAACCCCCACCCCCUACUGCGCAUUGUUUCCGUGAACCUUCCUAAGCCCUCCCACACUCCCUUUUUUACGUGAACUACAUCUAUUAAUCUGUUUUUCAUAAUUUGUAAUUUUGCAAUUAUUCCGCCCUUUAAUUAUUUAUUCGCUUUAUUUAAAUU